GUGAGAUCGAAUCCUGACCUUAUGUCACUGGUCAGAUCAUUGCCUAUUUGGAAAACACUCUCAGAUCCGUUAAAUGAAGAUUUUGAACCGCCUUUAAAAGCAGCAUUACACGGACACAUUUUACCCAGAAAAAUGCCGCAUUAUCGAACAAGAGAUUCCAGAAUUUUUUUAGAUGCUAGUAUUGAUAUUACUCGUCGAGUUCUUACUGAACUCAAUGUUCCCUUGCGAAAUAUCCGCGAUUAUACAUUCGAGGACGUUGAAUUCCCUACUGUCGAAUGUGAUAAUUAUUAUCAUCAUUUCUUAAGAAACAUACUCAGUACCAAUACAAUCACUGGAAUAGUUCAAGGUUUACGACCUAGGCGUUGUUUUCCUACAUCUUCUCGUAGAUUAAAGAGAAUUAACGACUUAUAUGAUCAAAACAACGAAGUCUUUAGGAUCGUGUUUGGAAAUACGGAUGUCUUCCUUCAUCCUGACUUUUCAGAUUUCUCAUUGACAUUGUCAAGUAUUGGAUUUAAUAAUACAAUCGAUCAAAGGACAUUUAUCAAGUGUGCAGAGAAAAUUGAGGAAUUACAAACUGAUACGAGCCCUCCAUCUGACUUACGAUACAGAGGUUUUAUAUUAGUUGAUUAUUUAUAUAAAAAUAUUGAAGAAUUUGAUUUAGAGGCCAUUGAAAGAAUUCCGUUUGUUCCAAUUGCUAGAAGUUUGGAUUUACCCUACAGUCAACACUAUAAUCAUACUCAAAUAUUAGAUAGUUUUAGGAAUAUAAUUAUUCCCAGAUAUAAAGAAGUUGCAUGGAGUAGAAAGUGCUUGAUUGCGGAAGAUGUAAUACCGCCGCAAACCAUACUCCAAGAUUAUCCUUCACUUGGUAAACCAAGUGCUCCUAUUGUAGUAGUACAUCUCCGUUUCUUACAUAGAACUCUCCGAGAUGAAUGGAGGAAUAAUUGGGCUGGAGCAUUUAAACAUAACAUUGAAGAGAUUUAUAAAUGGCUUGAAGGGGAAUGUCUAAAUGGAGAACUUAACUUAUUAGAUUACAUUAGAGAAGAAGAUAGGUUGUUUCUCAAUAUUAAUAGAGAUCAAGAUCCAUUUGAUCUUCGCAACUGGGUUUCUGCAGAUGAUUUGAUUCUGAAUGCUGCACCGGAGGAGGAGAGAUUUGUAAAGUCAAGUCUUGCUACAUAUCCUAAUAUGCUCAGAAGUGUUGGUGUCCGAGAAGUUACACGGCCAAAUUUUGAAAUUAAUGUUAGAAGACAUAACCAGUCAAAUUUUGGUCAAAGCAACAUGUUUAGAUAUUUCUUGGAUCAAAAUUUCCCCUUGCACGAUGUCACUUUUAUAAUGAAUAACGAUAGGAUAAAGACAAGCCGAUUCGUACUCGCUGCAAGCUCUGAAUUUUUCCGCGAGGAAUUCGUUACAGGGAGAUAUGCAGGACAAAGUCCGCCGAUUACAAUCAAUAUUAGGAACCUUGAACCAAUUAGGGACAUUAGAUUCAAUUCAAUGCGCAUUUUGUUACGCUACCUCUAUGGCCAAAGUAUUGAUCAUGCAAUUCAAAAUCGUCAAAGCUUAAAUGGUGAUGAUGAAGAACAUCAUAUUGUAGUGAAUGAUAGCAAUAAUUUAGUACUAUAUAAAGAUUUACUUAAGAUGGCAAAUUAUUUCGUGUUAAAUCAUUUGAAAGAGCUAAUGGAGUUGAGACUUUCAUAUUUAGUUACAAGGUUGAACGUUCAAGAAAUGAAUAGGUUUGCAUCAAGUUCAGGGGCCAAUCAACUCAGAGGAUUUUGUGAACGUUUUAUCGAAACUAAUGGUAGGUUGUAAGAAUGAAAUAAUGUAAUAUGAUCGUUAUUUAACGUUGUUUAAUAUGUAUAUUUAAAUAUUAAAUUGUAAAAUAAGUAAAUAAGUAAAU